AACUUGCUGCAUCUUCACCUUUCUUCCGAUAAGUCGAACCACUCUUCGGCGGCCCUCCCUGAAACCCAAACGCCGAUCCGCGCUGAACUGCAUUGCGCUUGUCCCUCAUCCCAUCAUCAUCAUCUUAAUAUAUAUUUCCUUAAUUGUGCGUGUGCAAAAAUAAACUAAUUCGGCUCUUUGAAAGCAGCGGUGUGUGGUCUGGAUCAUUACCUAACAACUAGUGCUGGCGCCUUGGACCCGAAAUGCGAAAGUACCAACAACUGGCCCUGGUCCUUAUUUCCAUCAGCUGCGUUGCUAUUCUGCUAGUCUACAAGAGUGAAAAUAAUCGACUGAAGUAUGUGCUAGAGGUGGUAAACAUCUUCGGCCGUAGCGAUGCAGCUUCGUUGAUUCGGAUCGAAAACAGCACCAGGUACCGCGGAGUGGCGGCCUACGAUUUCGACAGCCCGUUGCCCACUUGGCAACGAAUUGGAAGCGAUGUUUACGUUUAUUCGGCUUUCUGGCAGAAGAACGACUUGGAAUCCGGUGGCACGGUUGUCAGUCUGGCCGUUGGACUGGAACAGGCGAUUGUUAAUUUCAAAUGUCAGGUGCAGCACGGCGGCAAGGAUGUUGCUACCGGAAAGUUCCUGUUCUCCAAGAUGGAACAUUCGACGGGAUCAAUUGCGGCACCCAAUGGGGAAGUUUUUGUCAUCUACAAAUUUUUCUGCAAGAUAAAGCGGGAUUUUGGGCAGCCGACCGAGGUUAUCUUUACGGAUUUGGCUCAUUCCAUUAAAAGAAUUAUUCCACUGCGAGUGAUCGAGACCAAAUCUGUGCCCCAAAAGAUGACCAUGACGGCCUGCGUCGAUAUGAACGACUAUCUGGAGCUGGAAAAUGAAUUUCGCAAACCAUCGUCGAUGCUCCAGUACUUUUUGCACCAUCAGAUCGUUGGCGUCGAGGAUUUCAUCGUGUACAACAGUAAUGCAUUGGAUUCGCCAACGCGUGCCGUCCUCUACAAUCACGGUAUCAAAAUAAAUCUCCUCCCGUACAAUUUUCCCUUCGAUUUGACCAACAAACGUCAGAUUCGGCAACUGAUUGAGUUGGACUGUCUGAUGCGAAAUUACAACGCUGCCAAAUAUACCUUUGUGGGGUCUAUCAACGAGUAUUUGUAUCCGAGCAGCCGGCUAAGAAGCAACAAUCAGUUCCUCAAGGACGCUGGCAAAGCUUCGCCAGACAUCACCCAGUUCACCAUCUCCAGUCGCACAGUCUGCAUAGAUCGAAGGAAGAAAAUCUUCUCCGAUAAUGUCCUCUACGAUGUAGAAGCUCGUAGCGAUCAGCCAUUUUACGUGUUCCGGCCUCAAGAUUACAAUCGAACCGGAUUGCAGGAGGUAGGAAAGUCACUGGACAUCGAUAGGAAUGUCAUGUUCAUGCAUCGGUACGUAGAGAAGUGCAGCGAACAUGCGGACCGAUACGAGUGGACCUCCAUCGUGGAGCCAAACUUUUUGCAAUAUGUCACCGAGGUCGGUAAAGAACUGAACAAGCUUAUCUAUCGAUAGAUCAAUACUUUGACAAAAAACAACAACCUUUUAUAUCAUAAAGAAUCCAUUUGUUUGAUAAUAUCCACACACUAGGGUGUGGAUUAGAAUAUAGCUCACUCGUUUUUGUUUCAAACUCAUUUUUCGUUAGUCGAUAGGAUAAGGAUCUCACAAAAACUGAAUGCGUAGUGACAGGCCGAAAGCACAAAUUUGAGCUACGCAGCACGCACAUGCAGAAAUAAAAAUUGACUUGACAAAGGCUGAAACAGUGACACACGAUUGGCCUACAAUUCAACACGCAAACGAAAUGCUAGAUUGAAGAAAAUCAAAAAACACUUAAUGCCAUACACAAAAUAGCAGUAAAAAUCUGCAGUUUAUCAAAGAAUUUCAAUAACGUAGCGGAUAAAUCAAUUAUUUUAAAACUCGGUAGUCGUUCGACAAAUUUUGAUAUAAACUAAAGCGUAACAGUAUAAACAAACUAAAAUAACCGAUACAAUUCAACUCAAACAGUUUUUUGCAUUGUACAGUUAAUUACAAUACUUCUCAAUUCUCACUUUAUGAAGGAAUAAAUACAUUUUUCCCAAUUCAAAGUUCAAUGUUUCUUC